ACCCUGAUAUUAUUUUAUCCUUUCCCACAUUCCCCCGACAGCACCACCUUUCGAACAAAACCUAUUUUGUUCCUAAACUUCCUUAGAUGGCAACAAACAGUGUCCAAGGAAAACGUGAUCUGGCUGAACAACAAGAAGAAGAUGAAGAGGAAGAAGAAGCAUUGUCCCUUUGCGAUCUUCCAGUCACCAUGGUCAACCACAACAACAACAACCAAGUCCAACCAAGAAAACAAGAGAACCCUCAUCAUGUCAAAGAAGAAGAAUUCGAUUUCCGUGGCCUCUUCUCAAAGGAACCAGAAAUUAUGUGUGUGGCUGAUGAAGUUUUCUUCCAAGGUCAAAUCCUCCCAUUCCGUCACUCUUUCAGCACUGAGGCUGGUUUGUUAAAAUCACACGGUAAUAUUAAACUUUGCAAAGCAAGAUCCGAGUCAUUAGGACAUGGUUAUGGUUCUUCUAUCAAUAGCAGUAGAAGCAGUAGUGUUAGAAGUCAAAACUCAUCAAGCAGCACUAGCUCCACCACCACCACUACAAUUAACCCAAGAAUUUCCAAACCCAGAUUCCAAAAUCAAUUUCACACACACCCAAGUCCCAAGCCUCAGUUAAAUUUAAAAUCCUCUGGUCCAAGACAAACAAGCUUUGGUAGAAAAUCAUCAGUGUGGGAAAUUUUUCGUCUUGGUGUGGUCCCUGCUCCUGAGAUUGAAUUGCAAGACCUCAAGGUUCGUAGUAGCAAGAACUGUGUCAGUCGCAAUAGUAGUAACAGUAGCAGCAAUAGUGACAAAUUGGGUAGCAAAACUGAUGCUACAACUAAGAGCAAUCAUUUUUUCAAACAACUUGUGGGAAAAAGUGGUGGAUUGUUGAGUGGCUGUGAUUGUUCGAUUGAAACGGUGGUGCAAUUUGAUUCUAACAUGGCAAUGAUCAAAAGUGGUGGUACAAAAAGCACUUAUAGCAAGAAAGAGAGUGCAACAACAACGCAUGCUGUGAAAGAAAAAGUGGGCAUGGAAUUGAAGAAGCAGAAGCAGAGGAAAAAGCAGGGGAAGAAGGUGAUGUCACGUCGUCGAACGUUUGAAUGGCUAAAAGAGCUUCAUGCAAACCAUCUUGAUGAUGAUGAUGAUGAGGAAGAGGCUCUGUUAUCAUGAGUGGUGUUGUCGCAUGCUUGUGGUGUAAUUUUGAUUCAUUAGUUUUACCUUUUUUUAGCAGCUACUUUUGUUCCCUUUAAUUUGAAUUGAAUUAUAAUAAUAUUGUAGUGCAAGAUCUAUGAUCAAAAUUUCUUA